UAGUACAUACAAAGCUUAAAUUCAAGUAAAAAAAGGAAAAAACUUUAAUGGAAGAAAAAAAUACACCACCACUUCUUCCACCUCUACCAUCACCGCCACAAAUUUUUUCACCGCCAUCACCACCAUUUUCAUUGUCUAUACCCACUACUACUAUCAAUGAUCUCAGCUUUCUCAAUGAUGAUACGUUUUUUGAAAAGCCACUUAUUGAUUUAGUAAAAGAAGGAGACUUUGGUCCUUCUUUGUAUGAGUGGUUAGGCAUCGCCCAUGAGGAUGCUCCACCAGUUAAAAGACCAGUAAAGCAUCCUCUUUGUUCUUUUCCUCCGGCCGCAAUUGUUCUAGAAUCUUCUAAAACAGUUGAACAAUCACAAAACUCAUCCUUUUCCUUAAUCGCAUCCAAUCUUGACGUCGCUGUUGGUAACAACAAUAAUUGCAAUAGAGUUUCCGGGAUUAAACGUCCAGCAAAAUCUGUUGUCGGUGACGGUGGAAAUCAAAGUCUGAGAAGUGAUGAUGAACCUGGUGAUGAAAAAAUUAAUAUUAUAACUAGGCUGAAACUGAGCCCAUCUACAAUGACAUCGAUUGCAGCUACCAUGAAGAUAAAUAGAAGGAGCGAAAAUAAUCUUCCAAAACUUGCUUUCUUGACGGAGAGUGAAUCAGACAACCUUGAAGAUGGUUAUAGAUGGCGCAAGUACGGUCGAAAAACCGUGAGAAACAGCCCUUAUCCAAGGAACUACUAUCGUUGCACAACAAUUGGUUGCAAUGUGAAGAAGAGAGUAGAGCGGUGGUUAGAUGAUCCCACCCAUAUAUUAACCACCUAUGAGGGUCUACACCUUCAUGCUUUGCCACCGAUCCCCCCUACUCCUUUUAAGUCCUUCAGCCUCUACAAAAACUGUACCACUGGCCCCAAACCUGACGGAGGCAGCUGUAGCUGUCGAUGUAAAGGUGCAGUCACAGUUGCAGGUGCAGGUGCAGAUGCAGGGGAACAAAAUCGUGCUAAUAACGCUAUUACUAGUGUUCAUCUUAGAACUGUCAGUGGUGGUAGCGGUGUUAAUGACGGUGGCUCGCAGCGCAUUGUGGCAGGUGAAAAUGAAUUUAAUUAUAACAAACACAUGCAGAAUGUAGAAAAAGCAAUUACACCAAUACUGUUACAGAACUUCAAGUUAAUUGCUCCACAGACUUUCUUGAAUAAUGCUACUCCCAUGACUGUUACUAAUAAUGGUCAUUACCAAUCAUCACUGAUGAGUAGUGUUCAUCAUGGUAACAAUCAUCGUCAAGAUUGUUUUGGUGCUGGAUCUUCAAAUGGUGGUGCCGAGGAUUCGUUUAGGAAGAAGAGCACUGGUACCGGGCUGCUUGAAGAUAUUGUUAAUUUCUCAUGA